AGAAGGGGGCUGUAGAGCAACGGUAAGGAUGCAAGCUGCCGUUAAAACCCAACGAAGAAGAAGAAGAACAACUUAUUAUCCAUUCAAGUUGCUCAUUGCAAGGAAGAGCAGCAGCUGAAGACCUGUGUGGUUUGGCAAGAGCCCACCUGCCAACUGUAAAGGGACCCGGCUACAGGAAGGCAACACAGCGAAUGAACUAUGGAGUGUAUUCCAGUGACUGUUGAUGAUUUUGAGGGCAAAAAGGACCCAGUCAUAGAGGACGCAGAGCACAAUGUGUACACCAGGUUUAUGAAGUCCCACCGAUGUUAUGACCUUGUACCUACCAGCUCCAAACUGGUUGUUUUCGACACAUCACUUCAGGUCAAGAAGGCAUUUUUUGCUCUAGUCUCUAAUGGGGUAAGAGCAGCGCCUCUGUGGGACAGCAAAAAGCAGUGUUUUGUUGGUAUGCUGACCAUCACAGACUUUAUUAACAUUCUACAUCGCUACUACAAAUCUCCAUUGGUUCAGAUAUACGAAUUGGAAGAACAUAAAAUUGAAACAUGGAGAGAGUUGUACCUUCAAGACUCUUUUAAGCCCUUGGUUAGCAUAUCUCCCAAUGCUAGUUUGUAUGAUGCAGUAUCUUCUCUGCUGAAGAAUAAGAUCCACAGACUGCCUGUAAUCGACCCCCUGACCGGGAACACACUCUAUAUUCUCACACACAAGAGGAUUCUCAAGUUCCUGAAGCUUUUUAUAUCAGAGAUGCCAAAACCCUCGUUCUUGAAACAAACCAUCGAGGACCUGAACAUCGGAACUUUCCACAACAUAGCAGUGGUCCGCACAGAUACACCGCUGUACACAGCCCUGGGUAUUUUUGUUGAGCAGCGAGUGUCGGCACUCCCCGUUGUUGAUGACAAAGGUCGAGUGGUGGAUAUAUACUCAAAAUUUGAUGUCAUAAACCUGGCAGCAGAGAAGACGUACAACAACCUGGAUUUGACGGUGACCAAAGCGCUGCAGCACCGCUCGCAGUACUUUGAAGGAGUGCUGACCUGCCACAGGCACGAGACUCUGGAGGCCAUCAUCAACCGACUGGUGGAUGCCGAGGUGCACAGGCUGGUGGUGGUGGACGAGCAGGAAGUGGUGAAGGGAAUUGUCUCCCUUUCAGAUAUUCUACAGGCACUAGUGUUGACUGACGGAGAUGAGGGCACAGCUUGAGGAAGUAACCCUGAUAAGGAAAGGCUUCACAGUUUAAAGAGGAGGGCAGAGCAAAGGGAGAAAGAACAGGCAUGUAAGAGGGUCAUUUUGACUGUACAUUGAAGUAUCCUCACCUAUCUCAUGUAAUCAGACUUCCUAUAUUCACACAUGAAGACUUUUCCCUCCCUGCAGAAAUGUGAAGCUUUAGCAACGCAGCAAUAUACAAUUGUAGUAGCACAGGCAUACAGAAGCUCUUACAAAGUGAGCCAAGUUUCAAGCUACCAAGAACCUUCUGAAGAGGAGCUGCAGCCUCUCAGGAUGACCAGGCAUCAUUCCCACUUCUGUGCUUGAUUUACGUACAGUAGAGGAGGACCAUUGAUUAUGGCUUGAUCACAAAUGGUUUGCCCAUAGUGUAAAUUGUAAUCAGUUAGCAGAUAAAUGAAAACUGAUUCACUUGUGUUGCCUUUUGUUGGCUGAAAUCUAGAUGCACACAAAGCCUAUGUAAGAGUAAUGUUAAACACUGCGUAACUUUGUCUGAUCAACAAUUAGUGCGACUUGUUCUGACAUUUGCGUGAGACUCAAUCUUUGUAAAAUAGUAUGAUGUGUUCUGGCUGAACUUUUUAUCCAGCUAGUUUGAUUAUUUUAAUGGAGAAGGGGGAUUGAUUUCUUAAUAAUUUCAUUUCUGUUCUUACCUACCAAUUUGCAAAGAAGAUAUUGAUGGUUUGAUUACAGAAGUGUGUGUGAUAUGUGUAUACAUGCAUUCAAGAAGCAGUCUGUACUGGUCAGUUUAGAUCUCAAAUAUAAAUGCCUGAUCAUGGUCUCACUACAUGCUUCAGGACCUAUUGCUUUAAAAAGAAAAGCUGAAUAAAAUGUAAGCCACUACAAAAAAAUAGGAAUUUGUGUAAAUUUGUCAACAAUCAAAUCAACUUAAUAGUUACCAGUAUGCAAAGAAUUCAAGGGCUCAGGUUUUAAUCUAAAAAAGUAUCAAGCCUGUAAGAGCACUUUAGGCUCCUGUGAAAACCUAAUUUGUGAAGUGCAGAACAGCAUCAAUCAAUCUGCUGUUAGUUGACUGUUGUGCUGUCUAAAUGCUAAGUGCUGGAUAUUUAUGGAUUUUAUGUUUUUCCAUUUUGUCUGUUAAGUAUAACAUGUUUAAUGUAUUGUACAUUUAACUUUUUUUCCCCCUGAUUGUGUUGCUCGCAUUUGGGGUUUUGCCAUCAAAGGGUCUUGCUUAAUGUUUAAUGCUGCAAAGUCUCAUCCGUUUUUUGAAAAGUGGUCAAUUUGAAAACUAAUACCCAAUUUAACAAUUUGUGGCAUUGCUUGUUUUCCGAGUUCUACCUUUUUGGUGUUAUGUUGUCAGUUACAGUAAGUGAUGAGCAUCAAAUGCAUUUAUCUAAAAGUUUUCUGUUCAUUGUGUUUAGGGGGACUCAAUAAAAAUCACUCAAUACCAGCAUUUCUUCAUAAUUUUCUUAGAGGAUGGGUAUGUUAAACUUCAUGUUUUGGUAUAUUUAAUAUGGAAGGUGUACAUCUGUAUGUAAAUGCACAGUUUUUGUAGUAAUCUGUAUUGAUUUGAAAGGAUGAGCAAUAAAGUUUCUUGAGUUUGUUUUGAAA